AAAAUAAUAUAGUGUUUAUUUUAUAAUUGUCUUUUUCAACUGAACAAGAGCAAGGAGUAUGUGUGGUGGCCGGCGAGUGAGCACGACCAGCCCACGGUCAGUAGCCAUCGGCCACUACCAGCCGGUGGUGGCUCGGCCGCGGGCGGGGCCCCUUUAAAUGCCGGCCAUACGCCCAGCCCAAAGCCUCCAAACAAAACAACCCCGCCGAAGAAGCCUCCUCCUCCCCCAGCGAGCCAGCGCGCGCGCGCCCACGGUUUCCAGCGCCGACUCCCCACUUGCACCGGCCGGUUUCGCCGAAGCACGACGACACGCCUCGCGCUCCCGCGGAGACUUGUAUAUAAAAGCCCGCCGCGUGGCGCCCGGUGAUCCCGAGACCUGGAGGGAGCCAUCGAGGGAGCCGAUCCAUUCAUCCAUCCACUGAACACCACCAGCUCCGCGUCGCGGAGGCCGGAGGUCUUGCUUGCUUGGGCGACUACGACGAGGCGACGUACACCAAGGCUCCGGAGUCCGCCGAUCGACGAGGCAGUCAGGCAGGAAGCGAGAAGACAUCCAUUGGGAAUGGGUGUUGCUAGUGACGCGGCGGCGGGCGGGAAGCGCGGCACCGGCACCGGCACGCGGUGCGAGCUCUGCGGGGGCGCGGCGGCCGUGCACUGCGCGGCGGACUCGGCGUUCCUCUGCCUGCGCUGCGACGCCAAGGUGCACGGCGCCAACUUCCUGGCGUCCAGGCACCUGAGGCGCCGCCUGCCGCGCCCCCCUUCCGCCGCCGACUCCGGGGCGGCGUCGUCCGCGUCCAGCAGCUCCUGCGUGUCCACGGCCGACUCCGCGGAGUCAACCGCCGCUGCGCCGUUGGCGGGGAGGGCUCCGGCGCGACGGCGGCCGCGCGCGGCCGCGGAGGCGGUGCUGGAAGGGUGGGCUAAGCGGAUGGGGCUCGGCGCCGCCGCCGCGCUCCGCGCGCUGGGCCGGGGCGUGGCCGCCGCCCGCGUCCCGCUCCGCGUCGCGAUGGCCGCCGCGCUCUGGUCCGAGGUCGCCCCCGCCGGGUGCCGCGUCAAUGGAGGCGACGCCGCCGCGCUACUCCGCCGCCUGGAGGCCGCCGCGCACGUGCCGGCGAGGCUGGUGCUCACCGUCGCGUCGUGGAUGGCGCGCGCGGGGAGCCGCCCGGCCGCCGGCCCCGCGGCGGACGCGGACGGCCAGGACCAGGACCAGGAGGAGGGAUGGGCCGAGUGCUCCUGAGUUCCUUUCUGAUCCAGCCGGGCCCACUGCUCAUCCGCUGCUGCAGCUGCACUGUACCGAGCCCAACCAAGAAAAUGUAGCAACAGCAUGUGGGCGACGUUUGUUUGUUCUUUUCCUCGCUAAUUAUUAUAACUGAUUAAUUAAUUAAUAGGAGAAUGUACGAGCGAGGGGAUCGUGUGGUUGGCUGCCUCUCGUGCGAUUAACAAAAGCCGAUUUGAUUUGAUUACACACACAAACACACUCAUGUGGUCUGGGAUGAUGCUGUGGUGGGGGCCAAGGCCAAGGCAUUGGGGCCAUUGGCUGGAUAU